AUGGGUCGCUUUCAGCUUCCUCGCUCCGCACGCAAGUACUACUGUGUCAUGGGCUUCCUACCGCGGUUUGCUAACCCUCAUUUUGUCGAGCAAUUUACUCAGCUUGUCUCUCGAGCUGAUCUUGAAGCCGAGCACGAUGUCCCUCAUGAGGUCGAAGACGGUGAUCAAGCUGUCGUCAAAACUCUCGAGAACAUAUUAAAGCGUUCCCUCGGCGAGUUUCAAGUCUGCCGAGCGGAGCCAGAACGCGGUGAUGCGCGACACAAGAAACGACAGAGGAAAAAUAAGACCAGAGAUGAUGAAAAAACAGAACCAGCUACCCGCCAACAAAUGUAUGACGAGCAAGUGGAAGUUGUUGAGUUUCGUCUACUGUCGAAGGCUACCAAGGCUGUUUCCUUGAAACCCAAGCCAGCGCCUCAGAUUGUUACUAUGGAGCCGUCAUGGGAAGAAGAUGAACCCAAAGCUGCGUUACGGGCCGAGCGCGCCCGUGCUGCCGCUGUCGACGUCUCGUGGAUAAUGGAGGAGUCGCGAAAGGUAUCCUACUUACCUGCCAACGCCAACAAGAAGCAUAUUAUCAUCACUGCGGAGCAGCUAACACCUAUUGCCGAGAUGGCGGUCUUCGAAGUGCUCAAGCCGACACCACAAGCUUCUGCCCUACUUACUGUUCCGCUCAAUGUCCCUGCUAAGGAACGGCCUAGCCCGCACGACUUCCUUCCCGAGAAGAUAUGCUGUCCAGUCAUCUCCGCUACCGUUCUACAGGUGGACCGUCCUCAACGCAAGCACAAACCAAGGCACAAGAAGAAGAUCAUCAAGCUAAGACCGCCCCCAUCGUUCUGGAGGCCCUUGCGAGAGUGGGGCGGAAAGAGUUUGGGCUACGCCAUGGGUUACGAAGGCAGCCGCCCUGUACCAACUGGCAGCGUGAGACAGCGGAGAUACCGCAGAGACACGAUGAAGAGAGGGGUCCUUGUCGCAUAA